AUGGCUCUAUUUGAAGCUCUGUAUGGGAGGCGAUGUAGGUCACCUAUUGGUUGGUUUGAAGUAGGCGAGACACAGGUAGCCUAUGAGCUAGAAUCACCUCCAGAGUUAGCUGUAGUGCAUCCUGUCUUUCAUGUGUCUAUGUUAUGUAAAUGCUUAGGAGAACCUUUGCGUGUCAUUCCUAUAGAGGGUAUUGAGAUUGUUGGAGACCUAUCAUUUGAGGAAGUCCCCGUGGCUAUAUUGGAUCGGCAGGUCAGAAAGUUAAGAUCUAGAAAUAUAGCUUCGGUAAAGGUGUUGUGGAGGAACCAGAACACAGAAGAAACCACUUGGGAAGCAGAAGAGGAUGUGAAAACUAAAUACCCUUAUUUAUUUCAAAAACUAUCAGGAGGUUCUUAA